GCUGCACUGGUGGGCCUGGCGGCCAUUUUGUUUUGGACACCAAGCGGGAGUUGGCGGCGCCGGCUGUGGUGGCACAGACGAAAGUCAGGAAAAGGCUGGCUUGACGAGCGGGAGGAUCAGUCGGCUAAAUACUCAACCCACAACAAGGGAGCCUCGCAUCCUACCGUUUAAGCAUCUAACCCAACCGCCCAGCUAGUUAACCCGAGCGGUCCGCCGUCAGCUCGGGUUCGGCCGGCCUCCGGCCCGCCCGCCGCAGCCGUGGUGGCAACCCCGGGAGGUGCGCUGGCGUCCAUCUCCUUCGGUGAGUUUCUGUGGUGAAAGCAGAGGUGGAGCGCCGAGGGGGCGCGGGACAUGGCGCGGACGGCAGGUGUGGAUGGGGCUGAGAUUCUCGGGAUUUGAAGAUGGCUGCACAGUCAGCGCCGAAAGUUGUGCUAAAAAGCACCACCAAGAUGUCUCUAAAUGAGCGCUUUACUAAUAUGCUGAAGAACAAACAGCCGAUGCCAGUGAAUAUUCGGGCUUCGAUGCAGCAGCAGCAGCAGCUAGCCAGUGCCAGAAACAGAAGACUGGCCCAGCAGAUGGAGAAUAGGCCCUCUGUCCAGGCAGCAUUAAAACUUAAGCAGAAGAGCUUAAAGCAGCGCCUGGGUAAGAGUAAUAUCCAGGCACGGUUAGGCCGACCCAUAGGUGCUCUGGCCAGGGGAGCAAUUGGAGGAAGAAGCCUACCCAUAAUCCAGAGAGGCUUGCCCCGAGGAGGACUACGUGGGGGACGUGCCACCAGAACCCUGCUUAGGGGUGGGAUGUCGCUCCGAGGUCAAAACCUGCUCCGAGGUGGACGAGCCGUAGCUCCCCGAAUGGGCUUAAGAAGAGGUGGUGUUCGAGGUCGUGGAGGUCCUGGGAGAGGGGGCCUAGGGCGUGGAGCUAUGGGUCGUGGCGGAAUCGGUGGUAGAGGUCGGGGUAUGAUAGGUCGGGGAAGAGGGGGCUUUGGAGGCAGAGGCCGAGGUCGUGGCCGAGGGAGAGGUGCCCUCACUCGCCCUGUAUUGACCAAGGAGCAGCUGGACAACCAAUUGGAUGCAUACAUGUCGAAAACUAAAGGACACCUGGAUGCUGAAUUGGAUGCCUACAUGGCACAGACAGAUCCUGAAACCAAUGAUUGAAGCCUGCCUGCCUGCCUGCCCACCUGUUAGACUCUUGUUAAAGUCACCACAUCUAUACAACAACCUUGAGAAAACAUGAGAAGAAACGUGAUCGAUGCUGGAAGGACAUGUCACAAUAGGCUGUGGACUUACCUGCCACCAAUUGGUGCAUUUAGUCCCUUCCGUCUACUUUUUGAUACUGUGUUAUAUGAAACCCUAUUUUCCUUUAAUUUGGUUGAGUUUGUUUUGUUGUUUAUUCAGUCACCCAGACUUCUAUUUGAACAGGAAUGCGUUGGCCUUGUGAGUAGAACAAUUUUCCAACCUCUGCCUGUCAUAUACUCUUGACAUUUUUAAAUAUUUCCUCUGUUGAUUUGUAUGAUCCCAGGAGGAGCCAGUAUUCUCACUAUUGGGUGGUCUUUGGGAUAGAGUUCUACAUCUUUCUUUAAAAGCUUCUUGUUAAUAGCUGGAACUAAAGGUGUGUGUGCUGUGUUGAUAGUGAAGGUAGUAAAUUGGAAACGUUGGUGUUGCUACUGGGCCACAGAAUGGGUUACAUAGGGUGGCAACUUUGUUUUGGUCAGAGUUGGUGCCGCCUACAUUGAAACCACAUAGAUGGUAACUAACAAGCUAAAUUGGAAUUUCCACCCUAAGAAAAGGUUUUUAAGCUCUCCUUUUAGCUUUCUGUCAUGCCCAAGAGGCUUCUGCACCUCUCUAUAGAAGAAGCAGCCUUUGGUAUGGCACAGUGGCAGAUAAGACAAGGGUGGGAAACUGGUUCCAAACUGACUGCUGGGAAGGCUCCUGUGCUGUUCAUGCUGAAAUGCAGUUCCCUGUGUUUGUCCAGAAGCAGCCUGGGUCUGAUCCACUUCACUGGCUUUAUUGGGCCCUCUUGAAGGUUUAAGUUCAACCAUAUUUUGUCAGCUGUUCAGUUUCAGUGGAAUCUUGUAUUUCUGGUUCAUUAUAACAAAUUGUUCUCUCAUUUAACCCAGGCUUUCUGUUUAUUUUGGGGGGUCCUUAAAAUGUUAUAUAGCCAUUUUUGUGGUGUGUUAAAAUUCCUGGGAUGAUAACAAACCUUUAAUCCUACCACUUGGUAAGCAUAGGCAGGUGGGUUCCAAGGCCAGCUUGGUCUCAGAGUUAGUUACAGGAUAACCAGGGCUACACCAGCCCUGUCUUGGAAAAAAGAAAUAUUCUAGGGGUAGGGGAAAUGUUGCUUUGUGGUAGAAAGUAAAACUUGGACUCUCCUUUGACGAAACCCUUAGGAAGUGUACACCUGCCUAGAAAGUACUAGUGGACUGGACUAUGGCUGUUUAGGGGAAAAGAUCACAACCCUCUUACUGUGCUGUGCAUUUAAGAGCCAGGAAGGAAAUAAUUGAAGAUCACCUGAAUUUGAAUCCUUACUUGUUUGAGAUGGGGAAUCUCUGGGACCCAGGGAAGAUGGACUCUGUGGUAUAGGAAGCGGGUGCUUAAGGGUAGAUCUCAGCAAAGGGAAGUGAUGACUCUAGACCCCCCUUUCUACUGACUGUCAUUCCUACUUUGUGAAAAAGUUCAAUUCCCCUACCAACCAUAGGCCCUUCAGCUUCAGGUCUACCUGCUGUGUACAGUCCUCAGAGUCUCCUAAGGUCUUGUUGUCCAACAUUGCUUUCCUCUUUCCUGGUGAUGCCUCAGGUGGACCAGAGAGCAAACCUGACUCUUAUCUUCUGAGGACUUGCCUUCCAGCCAAGGUCUCACUCAUGGUGUCACAGAAGUGCAUUGGGAAAACAGAGGAAAGAUUUGACCAGCUAGAGCUGAAGCUCAGGAAAGUUUAAAGAUAGGUGGGAAGAGUUAGGACAAGGGCAAAAAAAAUUGUGAAACCACUGUGGAGAUUGCAUAGAAGUUUGAGGCUAGCCUGGGUUAUAUGUCAAAGAAGUUUCAAGCAAAGGCAAUAAAUACUGUGGUUACCACAUAGACAGAGAAA